GGCCACAGGGCACAGGCCCAAGUUAUGGAUUGGGUAGUAGUUCGAAACGGCGCCUGGCUCAUACAGCUGAAGGCAUUACUUUCCCUUCAAAAAGCUACCAUAUUAUGCCGUCUGCAAAACAUGCGCACUUUUGACGAAUCAGUGUCCAUUGUGUGAGAGAGUUGUAACUGGAAAGUCUGAAACAACAGGUUUCAGCAAAACACAGCAAAAUGGCUGCUCAGCUGCCUAGGAGAAUUAUCAAGGAGACACAGCGGCUGAUGGCAGACCCCGUGCCGGGCAUCAGCGCCGUCCCAGAUGAGCAGAACGCCCGUUACUUCCACGUCAUAGUCGCAGGCCCUGAGGGAUCUCCAUUCGAAGGGGGCGUCUUCAAGCUGGAGCUAUUCUUGCCGGAAGAAUAUCCCAUGUCGCCUCCAAAAGUACGAUUUAUGACCAAAAUAUAUCACCCAAAUAUUGACAAGCUGGGAAGGAUCUGCCUAGAUAUUCUGAAAGAUAAGUGGUCGCCGGCGCUCCAGAUUCGGACCGUUCUGCUCUCAAUUCAGGCACUGCUGAGCGCGCCCAACCCGGACGACCCUCUGGCCAACGACGUGGCCGAGCUUUGGAAGUGUGACGAGGCGGCUGCUAUUCGGAACGCACGCGACUGGACGCAUCGCUACGCCGUGGCCGACAAGCAGUGAGCUGCGGCGGCGGUUCCUGACUACACGAGAAUGGCCGUGAGCGGUGGGACCCCCACCCGUUCCCCGAGGUGGGAGGUCGGGCUGGCGGCUUGAAGAGGCCCCCCAAGGCCGGCAGCGAUGGGCUGCUGACACGUAUCCAGAGACUAUGAGACGGCCUGAGGGACGCGGCCGGAGAGCGCCCCUAGCUCGAGGCCCGCGGCGCGGAGGUAUUAUCGCUAGCUGCGGCGAGAUGGGGCGAUGGCUGUGGCGCCGGUGCGCGGUGCCGUGCCGAUGGGAGACGGCCCGCGCUCCUCGCUCGCUCGCUGCUGUGUCCACCCGCGCGCGCGCGUGCACCUCCUGUCGACAUUCUUGGUGGCUGUUGGGGCCGGGCGGGCGCGCUGUGAUAGUCGGCGCCGGCGAGUCGACUCCGCGCGGGAGCCGUCCCUGGUGUCGGACCGGCCGGCGACGGAUUCGACGCGCGCUAUCUUCCGGCGACUACUCGCGGCGCCACGUGGCACGCGCGCCGCACUCUGCUAGAUGGAAUGAAUGAAAUUGACGAUA